AUGGAGCUGGAUCGCGCGGACGAGGAGGUGUUGCUGGAGAAGGUGCCGCAGCAGCUCCCUGCAGGACGCCGCGACGAACGCAAGGACUAUUUCUUCGCUGUGGCAUUUGCCGCCAAUCUGGCGGCCGUGAGCUUCAUCGCGCUCUUCUUCGGCCUCCCGAACGUGUCGAGCAUCUACUUCACCGUCCACAAUGAGGACGACUCGUCGCACGGCGUCAAGAUCUUUCUCAUCUUCCUGGCGACGUCGUGCAUCGGCGGCGGCGUGUCGGCGCUGUGGCUGCAGGUGCUGCAGAACCACGCAGAGCGAGUCAUCACCUGGACACUCAAGUUCAGCAUUGUGGCCUUCAUUGUGGCGUCGCUCGCAGCCUUCUACGACUCGGGAAUGGCCGGCAAGGCCAUCGGAUUCCUGAAUUUGUUCUUCGCGCUGACGAUCGUCACGUACUACGCCUCCGUGCAUCGAUCGAUCGCCUUCGCCGCGUCCAAUUUGACUGCAGCGUCGCGAAUCCUGCGGGUGUUUCCUGGAGUGAUCAGCUCGGCGUACAUGGCCUUAUUGGCGCAAGGUGUUUGGGUCAUCGUAUGGGGUGUUGCGGUCGUCGGGGUACUCGCCAAGGCGGUGGGCCACCUCCAUGACUCGAGCACUUUUGGCAACACGUGCUUCUUCUUCAUGCUGCUGAGCUUCUACUGGUUCAUGCAAGUUGCGAAGAAUGUGGUGCACUGCAUUACUGCUGGAGCGGUGGGCGAGUGGUGGUUUGGUGCGCACGAUGUGAACACAAUCCAGCGAGCACAAACACGCGUGCUGACGACGUCUCUCGGAUCGAUCUGCAUUGGAUCACUCGUUGUUGCUGCGCUGAAUGCACUGCACACCCUGUUGCUCUCGGCCCCGCGGCGGAAGGCCAGAGGCAGCGCUAAUGCUUUUUUGGAGUUCCUGGUGAAGCUCGUCAUGCGCAACAUGCAGUACUUCAACAAGUACGCCUUUUGUCAGGUGGCGCUGUACGGCAAAGACUUUCGGCUAGCUGGAUCGGACACCAUGCAGCUCUUCCGCGACCGUGGCUGGUCGGCGUUGCUGAACGACUCGCUCAUCUCGAGCGUGCUCGCGGUGGGAUGUCUGGUUGUCGGCACGCUUUCUGGGGUCAUCGGGUCGGCGUGGCUGUACCUGACGCUACGGUGCACGCCGGAGGAGCUGGCGGAGCACCCUGGAGAGUGCCAGACUUUCAACGUUGUGGUCAUGACCUUCGUGGCGUGCGCUUCCAUCGGCUACGCCAUGUGCACGAUCAUGUCGUCGAUCUUGGACUCCAUCGUCGCUACGAUCUUUGUCUGCUUCGCCGAGGUACUCAGCCAGACGCUGAAUCCGACGAGGAUACACCUGGACCCAGCGGCAUUGCAGCGGUCACACCCGGACGAGCACGCGCGCCUCGUUGAGGCCUGGAGCCGCCUGCAGCCGGACUUGCUGAGCUUCCCCACGCACAUGGUGUAG